AUGAGAUUCCGAAUACCGAAUUCAGGGAUGAUUUACCUAUGCAUAACGCAUGCAACAGAAACACAAAGUAUUUCUGCAUUUUCGUAUAUCUUCGUAUUGUACUUUUCUACGUGUCCUAUUACAUAUCACAACCCUUUGAAAACGGGUUCGUCGAAUUCGCGAGAGAACAAAUUUUACAUUUCUUUCUUCAGUGAUGCAUCUUUUUACAUACUACGUAUGCUGCCACCAGCGUAUAAUGAAAGCGUGACUACAUACUCGCUGAUUGUUAAUAACAUCCUUAGAAAUCCAGUAACAAUUAAUAAUGGUGCGAACUUUGGACCACCGGGGAAACGCGGUAGGAAAGGCGACAAAGGUAACAAAGGAGAUCAGGGUGUACCCGGGCUAGAUGCUCCAUGUCCAUUAGGGGCCGACGGACUUCCGCUAGCAGGAUGCGGUUGGAGACCACCCCAGAGAAGAAGGAAUAUUCUUCACGAUUGGCUAGAAGAGGAAGCGGAAAAGGAAGAAGGGCAGUGAUGCAAGCAUUUUAAAAGAAGAUAGUACAUAUUUUCAAGGACCUCUGUGUAUACUCCACCGUAAAAAUACAAUUUCAUCCAGUUCAACGCGAAGAGAACCGAGUUAUUUAAGAAAAAGAAAUAUAUAUAUUUUUUUACAUAUAUAUAUAUUUUUUUUUCUUU